AUGGAUCUGGCACAACGACCGCCUUACAGCACGAUUGACUUCAAAGCGCUCGCCAAAGCUGACUCAGACUUUAAGCAAACAUGGCAAACAUGCUCCGGCAAACUUGACUUCCAAGAUCCAGCCACGCUUCAGUCUCUUUCCAAAGCGAUUCUCAGGGUUGACUUUGGCAUCGAGCUCUCGCUUCCAGAUGGUCGCCUUUGCCCGCCCGUACCCAACCGGUGGAACUACGUGUCCUGGGUUCAAGGACUACUCGACUCUUCCUCACCAGCCUACACAAACAAGUACGAGCGUGAGAGAAGAGUCAUCGGUCUAGACAUCGGCACAGGCGCAUCCGGCAUCUAUGCAAUGCUGUGCAUGAAGAGCAGGCCGAAUUGGACAAUGUGUGCCACUGACAUCGACAAGACCUCAUUUGAGUCUGCUGCUGCAAACUUCGCAAAGAACAACCUACUGAGCAGAACGAAGAUGCUACAAACCACCUCCAAGAUGCUGUUAAUUCCACUCGAAAUUUUAGGCACACAGCAACUGGACUUCACUCUCUGCAACCCUCCAUUCUUCAUCGAUUCUGCCGAGAUGGAGAAAUCUCUCAAUGGUGAAGGCAAAGCCACUGGACCCAACGCUAUAUGUUCCGGCUCCAGCAAUGAGAUGAUUUGCCCCGGCGGCGAUCUUGGCUUUGUCACACGGAUCGUGGAAGAGUCACUUGUCCUUCGCGGAAAGGUAAAAUGGUACAGCAGCGUGCUCGGCAAGCUGUCCAGCGCCAAAGCAAUCGUCGAGCUCCUCAAAUCUCACAACAUUACCAACUGGGCUGUGGGUGUGCUGGAGCCCGGUACUAAGACGGGAACAAAGAGAUGGAUCGUUGCGUGGAGCUUUGGUGAUCUGAGACCACGACAUAGCAUUGCUCGCCCGCGGGGAGGUAGCUUCCCUUACGAUCUCUUGCCGUUUCCAACCUCUUACAAUAUCUCACUGAGCUCUUCGUUCACUGGUUCUACUGCUGAGGAUAAGCUGAAUGACCAACUGUCUGCUCUAGACCUGACCUGGACAUGGGUUCCAGCUACAGCGAUGGGUGUUGGUGAAGCAUCAGAGAACGUCUGGGGUCGAGCAUACAGAAGAGCUUAUGAGCGGCGCAAGAGGGAAGGGCAGGUAGAGAUGCGCGAUACGAUUGACAGGAAGACCCAGCUAGCCUUCCGUGUCACGGUCGUGCAGCUAGCUGGCGAGAUUGUGCUUGAGUGGCUCAGAGGAGACGAUCAGGUUCUGUGGGAGAGCUUCUGCGGUUGUGCACAUCGCUGGUUCAAGCAGGUUUAG